AUGAUCCCAAAUCAUAUCUUAGUUCUUGGAUCCCCUAAUAGUGGGAAGGUAAGAAUAGCGCAAUUGAUAAGUCAAGAUCAAGACUUUGAUUAUCAUGAUGUUUCAGAAGAUAAUAGCCAUAGUGGGAUUAUCGUCAAGACAUCUUUGAGUACGAAAUAUUAUUCAAUUGACCUCAACAUCUUAAUAGAUGAAUAUCCUGAAUCUAGAGAUGAUCUUAGUGAACAUUUCACUGAUGAAACUAAAUUAGCAGAUUUACAUGAAUGGUAUGACGAAUUUAUUAGUGAAGAUUAUCAGGAAUUACGAGACGCUUUGGAUGGGAUUAUAUUUACAGUAAAUUUAGAGCAGGACUCUCCCGAGCUUAUCACAAAAGCAAUGGAAAUAAUAUCUGACAUCAGGAAUGCAAUGGCUGGUCAUGAUGACGAUGAUAAUCUGGAUGGUUGGUUAGGUUUUGUUGCGGUUGUUGGUACUCCUUUGAUACAACUGAAUCAGGAAGUAUCUAAAGAAAUUUUAGAUGAAAUUGAAGAUGUAGUGAUUCUGAAUGGAUUUGAAUUUAUUAAUUUCGCAGAAGAAGGAAUGAAUGAAUAUCGUGAAAAAAGAGGUAAAGAUAGAAUAAUUGAAUUACUUGAGACUCAUGAAUGGUCAAAUAUGGAAUUAAAGAAGAAUGAUCACUAUAAAGAAAAUAAACUUAACAAAAUAGAAGAAAUGAAAGUGGGAUUACUUGAAAAAGAAGGUCCAUCUGAUGAUGAUGAUGAAAUUGAUAAAAUAUUUGAAAAAUUAACAAUUGCAAAACAUCACAUUCAUUCUCUUCCUCAGGAUCAAAAGGAAAAGUAUGCAAAUGAUGUCGUGGAAGAGAUUAUAGAUUUUAUAUAG